AUGGUCGAGCCGCAGCUAGUGAGCAACAUUAGCGACGGGAAGAGGGCAACGGCGACGAAAUCGCCAACGUUUUCGCCACCGGAGGUUUCGUUUUUGGCAACGGAGAAAAAGAGAAUUAGCGACGGCGAGGGGCGGCCAAGGGUGAGGAAGCUGAAUGCGUACGAUAGAAUCGCGGUGGGCGCCGUCGCCGGGACACAUCUGAUGGCAAUGUGCGCGCCGUUUUGCUUCAGCUGGGAUGCGUUUUGGCUGACGGCGACGCUGCAAUUGGUGACGGGGUUGUUUGGGAUUUGCUUCUCGUACCAUCGGAAUCUCGCCCACCAGAGCUUCAAGCUCCUCCCUAAAUGGCUCGAGUACUUUUUCGCUUACAUCGGCGCCCAUGCCCUUCAGGGGGAUCCAUUAACGUGGGUGAGCAACCACAGGUUUCACCAUCAAUACACUGACACAGAAAGAGAUCCACACAGCCCCAUUGAAGGGUUUUGGCACAGUCAUAUGAGCUGGAUCUUCGAUUCAGCCAUGGUUAGAGAGAAGUGCGGGAAACGAGACAACGUUGGGGACAUGAAAAGCCAGGCCUUCUACAGGUGGCUUCGUAGGACUUACGCCUUUCACCCACUGGGACUUGCCCUUAUCUUGUAUGCCCUUGGUGGACUGCCCUACAUCGUUUGGGGAAUUGGCGUGAGGGUAGUGGGCGUUUACCACGCCACGUGGUUUGUCAACUCAGCCGCUCACAUAUGGGGAUCUCGAGUUUGGAACACCGACGACUUGUCGAGAAACAACUGGUGGGUGGCAGUUUUGACACUUGGAGAAGGUUGGCACAACAAUCACCAUGCGUUCAAGUACUCGGCAAGGCAAGGGCUGGAGUGGUGGCAGAUCGACAUGACUUGGUACGCAGUGAGGUUACUUCAAGCCAUGGGGUUGGCUUAUGACGUCAAGCUGCCGAGUAAGCUCCAAAUGCAGAAGCUGGCCAUGAAAGACCCAAACCAGUAG